AUGUGGGCGACACCGUUGUACAUUGUGCUCCAAAAGAGGAACGAAGUCGUGUUCAAGCGCACAGUGCAGAUCAUGAUCAGCACCGCACCAUGGCUUGAGGCCAAAGCUUCCCUCCCAUCAGUCCGCUUUAGGAAGGUGAACACUCCCAUCAUAUCUAAGCGACAAAGGAAAGAAGCCCGCAUUGGGCUACCCCGUUUCAAUGCAGGCGCUCGGCGCGCGCAUAAAGCUGGGGGCACUUUGCAUGGCCAGCCAAAUCUCUCCCAAUCACCCCAGUGCUAUCACCAACUCGAAAACUACCGUUUGCUCACAGCCAUGUCGAAAUCAAACACUCCGAAGCUGUUCAGGCUCGCCGGAUGCCGACCCCGCAAGCUUUACACCGAGCCUUGCGGUGUCAAGCUCGAUGACGGAACGACCUGCAAUCGCAUGGCCUCGACCAAACAGAACAUGGACACCCACCAGAUGAAAGACCACUAUCGCAUCCGCUUCAUGUGCCGCAAGCCAUCGUGCGAGGAAACCCUCUCCGACGCCGCCGCCGAGAUUCGACACGUGAAGAGCAGGCACCGCGACGAGGUGCCGUGGCUGAUGGAGGAGUCGGGGCUCCGGCCGAAGUAUGUGGUGCGCGACGGGCCGACGGCGGAGUGGGUGCGGUGUGAUGCGAAAGGUGUGCGUUGUGUGGAUUCUCCUCCGUCUUCCGGCGCGUCGACACCACCCUCGGAGCUCGCUGCUCCCUUCCACUUCACCCUCCCCUCACCCCAGUCCUCGUCGGGCACCCUCAGCCCCACUUCCGAGUCUGCCUCCGUCGUGUUUAUCCCCGACAACGCACAAUACUUCCCCGUGCAGGAUCUCUUUUACCCAGUCGCGUCCGACGGAUUCCAGAACUCCCCCUACUUCCCCCGCGUUCUGCCGAACAUGUCUGCGCUGGCGCCGAUGCCGAUGUACACCAACGACCCUGCUGCGUACUGUCCCGUUCCCAACCACGAGUUGGCGUCGUACAUCCCCGGGCCUGAUCCGGCGUUCAUGUGCGACUUUUCGGUAGGGCUCGAGUCCUACGACGACUUGCAGUUCCAUGAGCCAUUCUUCCCCGUCGAGGAGCCGGUUUUCACUGCCAACCCGGCGCACUUGUUCAUGCAGAACCUCGGGCAUGCGUACCAGACGAUCUCUGGAAACUGGUAG